UGCCAGCUCAUAAAUUAGACAUCAGUGGGUGAGCUGCGAGCACUACCAGCACCUGCUAGAGCGCGCAAAUAGAGUAAGCAGGGAGAGGCGACGAUCGAGCCAUGGCGACCGGCGGCGACAGCGUGCCCAACGUCCACAGCAACACCGACAGCAGCAACAAGACGCUGCUCAAGAGCCAAGCCCUGUACAAGUAUGUCCUGGACACGACGGUGCUGCCAAACGAGCCGGAGUGCAUGCGCGAGCUGCGCCUCGUCACCGACAAGCACGAGCGGUGGUACAUGGCGUCGCCCCCGGACGAGGCACAGCUGCUGCGGAUGCUGAUCAAGCUGACUGGCGCCAAGAACACCAUAGAGGUGGGAGUGUUCACCGGCUACUCGCUUCUCGCCACGGCCCUCGCCCUGCCCGACGACGGCAAGGUGGUGGCGAUCGACACGAGCAGGGGGUUCUACGAGGUUGGCCGGCCGUUCAUCGAGAAGGCCGGCGUGGAGCACAAGGUGGACUUCCGCGAGGGCCCAGGGCUGGAGCGGGUCGACGAGCUGCUCGCCGACGAGCGCAACCUGGGGCGGUUCGAUUUCGCGUUCGUGGACGCGGACAAGCCCAACUACGUGCGGUACCUCGAGCAGCUGCUGCGGUUGGUGCGCGUGGGCGGCAUCAUCGUGUACGACAACACGCUGUGGCAGGGCACGGUGGCGCUGCCGCCGGACGCGCCCCUGUCGGACCACGACCGGCGGAUCUCGGCCGCUAUCCGGGACCUCAACAUCAGGAUCGCCGCCGACGAGCGCGUCGAGGUGUGCCAGCUCACCAUCGCCGACGGCGUCACCAUCUGCCGCCGCCUCGUGUGACCGGCUCAGCGACGACGCGCGGUCGCUUUAUUCGUUGCGUCUUACUGUUCCAGCGUCUCUACUGUUUGAAUAAGGUUUCGGUCAUGCGAAUUGAGAGCGUCAGAAGUGGUCGUUGUAGUUGUGCUGCCCGAAUUGGAAUAACUGCGGCGCCUUGAUCAUGAUUUCCAGUCCA